AAGAAACCUGAAAUCUGGGGACUAUCUUUUUUAACCCUUUUCUUUUUGUCCUGUGCUGUGUUUCUUGAUUUAAGUCUAAUUUACUCAAUCGGGAAGUUAGCUAGUCAAUCCCAAGUCCUCUUGCUAGUCAAUCCUGCAGUAAGCAGGAAAAUGCUGAUGAUGAAGAGAGGAGUGUAUUUGUGCACUGUGAACACAAAGCACAGUUGGUAUAGGAAACAUGGUGACGAUGAUGAUGACGACGAUGAUGACGAUGAUGACGAUUAUGCUCCAGCUGCUUCAGAUUCUGCGCUGCAGGUGCUUCCUCACAUGGCCUUACUAUUUUCAUCACUACAGAGCCAGAAAGAAUACAGUGAGACUGCGGCGCUGGAGAAGAGUUUUUUAAAAAUGUCCUCAUUUUAGGGUUAAGGGAGAGUGAGUUUGCUCUAUGGAGCAUUACUACAUCAUAGUGUGAUCCACAUCCAGCCCAUUUUAUGGUUUAUUUUUGUUGAAUCAAAAUAAGAAUACAAAAAUUAAUCUUUGUUACAUUUUAUGGGUAUUGGAUUUCCAAUCUUUCAGAAAGCUACUUUAUUGAAAACACUUUGUCACGAUGUUGAUAUUAUUUACAUUUACUAGGCUGGAUAGGUCUCAAAGCUAUA